AUGACGGAAGAUCAACUCAAAAGCCUGGUGUUCGUGUGUGGCCUCAGGGAAGACGAAGACGCUGAAAGCCGUACUCGCCUUUUGUCUCGCAUCGAGGAAAAAUGUGAUAUCACUCUCGAGCAGCUGUCUGCCGAAUGCCAGCGAGUGGCUAACCUUAAGAAGGACAGUGCGAUGAUUGCUGAUUGCGGUGAACGUGUUCUAGCGGUAAAAAGCAAUCAUCAACGACGUUAUCCGUACCAGCCGCGGAAUCAGUAUGAGGGCACGUCUCAUUCACACUUCCAGUCGAGCACCAAUGGAAGGCGCACACAGCAGGGAUGGGAGAACAAUGAGAAGGCAAAAUACGACAAGCCUAAAAAUCCUUGUUGGCUGUGCGGAGAGCUACAUUGGAUGCGUGAGUUGAACGUCUGCCAAGUUCAGAAGAAGCGAAAAUUCGUCACGGUUGUCAUCAAUGAUCAGCCGGUGGAACUACAACUUGACACCGCAUCCGAUAUCACAAUUAUUAGCCAAAGUCUGUGGAAGCUAUUAGGGAAACCACCUUUGGCCAACUCUACAGUGAAAGCUAAAUCGGUUUCUGGAGCAAACCUGCAAAUAGAUGGCGAGUUUCAGACAGAUGUUAGAAUUGGAAAUACGACUCGCCAAGCUACCAUCAGAGUCAUCGAUGCGGAACAUCUUUUACUUGGCGCAGAUUUAGUGGAGCUUUUUGAUCUAGGCUCCAUUCCGAUGGACGCUUUCUGUAACAGCAUCUCUACGGAACCGGUAUCCAAAGUGCUCGAGCGAAAAUUCCCAGCCGUCUUCAAUGGUACGGGGCUAUGUACCAAGACUUGUGUCCAACUUCAGCUGAAGGAAGGUGUUCAUCCGGUGUUCUGUCCGAAAAGACCGGUCGCAUAUGCGGUGCAGGAUAUGGUCGAUAAGGAGCUGGAUCGAUUGGCGGAAAGAGGAAUAAUCUCUCCCGUAGAUUAUUCGGAAUGGGCAGCUCCAGUGGUUGUCGUCAGGAAAGCGAAUGGGAAUGUGCGACUCUGUGGCGACUACUCUACCGGAUUGAACUCAGCGCUUCGGCCUCACGAAUAUCCACUGCCCCUACCGGAGGACAUAUUUGCUAAAUUAGCACACAGUAAGUUAUUUAGCAAAAUUGACCUAUCCGAUGCAUUUUUGCAGGUUGAAGUCGACCCUCGCCACCGUCCACUACUCACCGUCAACACACAUCGUGGACUGUACACCUACAAUAGAUUGCCACCGGGAAUUAAGGUAGCUCCAGCAGUCUUCCAGCAGCUUGCAGACACUAUGUUAGCUGGAAUCAGCGGGGUAUCCUGUUACAUGGACGACAUAGUUAUCGGGGGCUCGUCAGAGCAAGAGCACGAUGCAAAUCUAUCAGAAGUAUUGAGGCGGAUUGAAGAAUACGGUUUUACGAUUCGGGCUGAAAAGUGCGCUUUUAAGGUAAAACAGAUUCACUAUUUAGGAUAUAUAAUUGAUACAAACGGCAUGCGCCCCGAUCCUGCAAAAAUAGAGGCUAUUACGAGACUACCAGAGCCUACAGACUUGACAGGAGUUCGUUCAUUUUUAGGGGCUAUAAAUUAUUAUGGCAAAUUCGUGCCCAACAUGAGGGAACUGCGCUACCCCUUAGAUAGCCUUUUAAAAGCUGAUACGCCAUUCCGUUGGACCAAAGAAUGCAGGCAAUCAUUUAACAAUUUCAAAACGCUGCUCUCGUCAAAUUUGCUAUUGACACAUUACGAUCCAAAACAGAAUAUAAUAGUAUCUGCAGAUGCAUCCUCAGUUGGUCUGGGUGCCACUCUUAGUCACGAGUAUUCGGAUGGUUUCAUUCGUAUAGUUCAGCACGCAUCGAGAGCGCUCACCAAAGCAGAACAAGGCUAUAGCCAAAUCGAUCGCGAGGGUCUGAAUAUGUCCGUAGUGAAUCUUUUGGCAAUGCCGAUAUUCUUUCUCGAUUAA